AUGCAUGGUCUUACGAGCAUGAUGGAUGUAGUUGUAGACCAUUGGAAGAGUGAUGCAUACCGAAAGAACGGCAACAGUGGAGAAGAUGCCCACAAAUUCGAACAACCACCAAUUGUGUCUGUUCAACGUGCUGAAAGUGCUCGUGUCCCCCAACUUCUCAUCAGUCAACCCAGCUUCGAUCUACGACGAACCCAAUCUGAAAGUCAUCUCGAUGCGAAAGUUAUUGAUGCAGUUCUCUCGAGUUCCGCUGAUUUUGGAAUGGAGAAUUGUGUGGAGGACGAGAUAAAGAUGUUGCUAGUUGGAGACUUGAAUAGAAGUGCAUCAGCUGGACACAAUUUGGAUCCACAACUUCUUGGAGUCGUUCGAAAAGAAGACAAGGAUAAGACGUUGACUCAAGCGGAUGCAGCUAAGGGAUUGGCUCUGAUUGCAACGCAAACCGGUUCUGUCGCCUCGUUAGCCUCAAUGGUAUCAAAUCGAACGGACACGGGAACGGAAGAUUGUGGAGACGACGAGGAAGCACAUCUUGAUAGAAAGAGGUCGGCGAGUACACGGAAAGCAAAGAUCCAGGCGACUUUCGCUGCUGGAAAGAAGAAAGUUCUCGAUUUGAUGCCCCAGAAACGGAAACUAACUGACGCCUCUGCAGUGGAUUUCAACGGGGAAAGUAUUGAGAUUGGUGCGGAUGCUGGGUCACUUUAUGAUACGGAUAGAGAGCAUUCGAUUGGAAGAUCACCAAUGGCAGCUGUAGGAAAGAGGAAAGAAAGUCCAUCGGAGGAUAAGAAAGAGAAGAAAAGACUGAAGAAGAAGUUGUCAGAGUCACCGAAAGGAAGAAGAUCAAAUGGAUCCGGACAAAAAGAUCAGUCGCCGAUGACAACUAUCAAAGCGAGAACAACGAAAAGUGUGCAGUUUCAGAAGGACGUAAUGUGGGGACAAUCACUUCACUUUGAACUCGACACACCUGCAGAGACAACAACUCGCAGUACGAUUCGAUAUUUGAAUGUGACUGUUCAUGCGAGAGAAGUGAAAACUGCUGGAACACCGAACACUUCUGCGUCCAUCCUUCCCAAUGUGACACCUUCUACUCCUGAUAGUGUUGCUUCUUCGUCAACGAAUACUGAGAAUUCCGCCCCGAUGUCACCUAUGAAAUCACCUGAAUCCAAACCGAUUCUCCUUGGAAGUGUCUCUCUAUUCGUGCCACAACUCAUUGAUGAUUGUCGAUUGACUCUUUCCAAUUGUCAUCGAGAAGUUUUUCAAUUGAAACAACCGAAUACCUCUGCAACGCCACCACCUCCAACUGCAACUGAUGAUCCAUUGAUCAGUGAGUUCUCCCGUCACGCCGGGUUCGAUCCACGUCUUUGUUUUGGUGACAUUACACUCGGAUUCAGAUACUUUCCAGAUGGGUUCCCAUCUGAUAAAGCUAUCAAUUCUGGAGAUGACAGUGAAGACGAACUUCAUCGAAUUCAACAUGCAAACGAGGCAGCAUCACCAGCCAGACCGUUUUCUCCGCCAGCUCUGGCUCCUGCAAAUCAUGACUGGAAGCUAUGGGUUGGACGGAAUGCGACCACUUGCGCAAUGUGCCGAGGAAAAAUCUGGCUGCGAAACGCGUCGACAUGCUCCCGAUGUCUUGUCAUUUGUCAUAAUAAGUGUGUCGUCAAGGCUAAUAACGGCGGAAUCGCUUGCUCUCCUCAACAACUUUCUCCUCCAACCAAUCUUCCACUUCCUGAUGAUUCUCAAUUCGAAGAGAUUUCUGCUUCGGAAUUAGACGGCGUUGUUACGGCAUCUACUCCAGAUCAUCCACAUGAAGAGAAACACGCAUUGCUCGUGCAGUCACCAUCAACAUCUUCUUCCAAUGUUACAGGACCUUUGGAUACUCCCGAAACAACGAAACGAGCCAGAUUCCGGAAAGUGACUGAAAAGUUCUCGAAUUGGAGGAAAGGAGGGAAGAAAACAGAGGGAACACCAGGAAGAAGGGACACUGUGGACACUGAGUCAUCAUCUACUGACUGCAAUUCAACGUUGAAUCAAGACAUUGUUGACAGAGAUAGCCCGAUGGCCAGUAUCCAGAAUGUUCUUGCUGAUGUUCUCCCAGAAUUGGAUGGAUCUCCAUUUAUAAGUGGUCUUUACUUCCAGCCCGGAAACGCCUACAACGAGCAAACUAUCCGAAAUGCAAAACGUCUCGGACGAGAGAUUUUUAGUGAACUUCCGUCAGAAGAACGAGUUGAAAAAAUCAAUGCGCAAAUUGAUAGAAUUCAAACAGCGAUACGAGAGACGAAAGACGAUCGACUGAGUGUUAUGCAGAAUGGUGGAGAAGCAUCUUCGAAAUUCCAAGGGCUCGAUGAACGUCUUCAGGCUCUUGCUGUCCUCAUGCUCCAUUAUUGUUCAGCUCUCCAAGAUUGUCAAUCGGGAAGAUCCACUCCAAAUCCACCAACAGAAGAGGACGCUCAGAAAGAGAUGAACGAAGAAACACCAUUCGUCACCGCAGACCAUGAAGAAGACGAGGAUAGUGUCAUGGAUGAGGAUACUGUAGUCGGUGAUGCUCCAUUUCAAUCUGAACCAUCGUCUUCCACUCCACUUGAACGUCCAACUCAACUUGAUCCGAAUUCUGAUGCCGUUUCCGUCUAA